GCUGUGAGUCACUGCUGCUCCAGUCUAGGAGGGAAGAGGACUGGGUUUGGUGGGAGGGAGUGGCAGGAGCAUGGAAGGGGACAGAGUAUCCUCCUUACCCCAGGGCCCCAGCAUUUUCUCUGCACAAAGCAGGGGUUUUCACCACCCUGAGGAUAUAUUGUCUCUACUGGUUCACCAGACAUGUAAAUCUGAACAAGAACCAUGUUACUGUGCAGUUCGGCUCCCUUAGGAGGACGUUGAGGUUCCCCUACCUCAGGGACCCCACCUUGCAGGCCGGCCUCCUGGGCACUGGCCCGUGAGCUCGCAGCAGGUGCAUCCUCCCCAGACACUUCCCUGGGGCCAAGGAAAGAGCCACAGAGGCUGCCAUGGGACCGUUCCCCAACCGCCAACUCAAGAAAGUUCAGGAUGGUGGCAGCCAGGAAGCAGGCAUGCAACGGCCCCGCCCCUGGGAGGGCACAGGAAGGUGCUGGCCCAGCCCCGAGAAGGCCCCAGAACCAGCGCAAAGCUAACAGCCCAGCACGUCCACACCAUGUCCUGGAUCCCUGUCCUGCUGGCACUUCUGGCACACUGCAUAGGUGGUGGCUCCCAGCCGGUGCUGAACCAGCCACCAUCCAUGUCCUCAUCCCUCGGAACCACAAUCCACCUGCCUUGCACCUUGAGCAGGGACCACGAUGUCAGCGUUUACAACAUCUUCUGGUACCAGCAGAAGCCCGGCCAGCCUCCCAGAUUCUUGCUGAGAUAUUUCUCCCACUUGGACAACCACCAGGUUCUUUGAAAGAAUUAACAAGAUAGAUAAACCAUUAGCCAGCCUUAUUAAAAAGAAGAGAGAGAAGACUCAAAUUAAUAAAAUCAUGAAUGAGAAAGGAGAGAUCACUACCAACACC